CACUUCUCCAUUGCUACAAAUGGAUCUUUUUGCUCUAGAUUACGACGUGAUCGAUUCUGGGUCGGUUUCAUCGCCGUUAUCGGAUUCCGGGAGUGGAACUACUCGACUGGUUCAUUUUUCCGAUGAAGAUGUGAUGUUAGCUUCCAGUUGCCCGAAGAAGCGAGCGGGGCGGAAAAAAUUCCGCGAGACUCGGCAUCCGGUGUAUCGCGGUGUCCGCCGGAAGAACUCCGAGAAGUGGGUUUGUGAAGUGAGGGAGCCUAAUAAGAAGUCGAGGAUUUGGCUGGGUACUUUUCCAACGGCGGAGAUGGCUGCGCGUGCCCACGACGUGGCUGCCAUAGCUCUGAGAGGAAGGUCGGCUUGCCUGAACUUCGCGGACUCAGCUUUGAGGCUUCCGGUUCCGGCUUCUACUGAUCCAAAGGUUAUCCAGAAGGCGGCGGCAGAGGCGGCGGAGGCAUUUCGACCGAUUGAGCAUUGGGAUGAGAACUCCGGUGAUAAUGCAAAGGGAAACGAAAAGAAAGAGGGGGAGGAAAUGAGAGUGUGGGAGAAUGGGUAUUAUUUGGACGAGGAGGAGGUUUUUGGGACACAAAGCUUUCUGGCAAACAUGGCGGCGGGGAUGAUGAUGUCACCACCUCGUUGUGGGCAUAAUGGGGAUGAACACGAAUACGAUGCCGCCGAUGAUUUCAUACCUCUUUGGAGCCACUGUUGAUUAUAUUAAGUGUAUAACAGAGAUCAGAGAUUGUGAA